AUGGGAAAACAGAAGGUAUUCAUGGACAAGCUGGCACAGACUUUCCAGAUCCGUAACUUGCUGCUUCGCCAGGCCAUGGCAGAGUGUCUGGGUACCCUCAUCCUGGUGAUGUUUGGUUGUGGUGCAGUGGCUCAGCUGGUGCUUAGUGGAGGAUCUCAUGGCAUGUUCCUAACUGUCAACUUUGCUUUCGGCUUCGCUGCCACCCUAGGGAUCCUGGUCUGUGGCCAGGUAUCAGGAGGCCAUCUCAAUCCAGCAGUAACCUUUGCCCUCUGCCUGCUUGGGAGAGAUCGCUGGAGAAAGUUCCCAGUCUACUUCUUCUUCCAGACACUGGGAGCUUUCCUGGGCUCCGGGAUCAUCUUUGGUCUGUACUAUGACGCUCUGUUGAACUAUGCUGGAGAACUCAUUGUUACCGGACCCAACGCCACCGCUGGCAUCUUCGCCACCUACCCUGGCAAACAUCUCACAUUGGUCAACGGCUUCUUCGACCAGACGAUUGGCACUGCAGCAUUGAUCGUGUGUAUCCUGGCCAUCGUGGACCCCCAUAACAAUCCCAUUCCCCAGGGCCUGGAGGCCUUCACGGUGGGCUUCGUGGUGCUGGUCAUCGGCCUGUCCAUGGGCUUCAACUCUGGCUACGCUGUCAACCCUGCCAGGGACCUGGGGCCACGCCUCUUUACCGCUCUGGCAGGCUGGGGCACCGAGGUCUUCACUGCUAACAAGUGCUGGUUCCUGGUGCCCAUCUUCGCCCCAUUCCUGGGCGCCAUCAUUGGUGUGGUGGUCUAUCAGCUGAUGGUUGGCUUUCAUCAGGAGGGAGAGGUUCGUGACCGGAAGAGCCAGGAGGAGAGAGUCAAACUGACCAACAUUAACCCAAAGGAUGCUCGAAAGGAAGAGAUGUUAUGAGCCUCAAAACCUCCAGCAUCCUCCAUCCUCCACCACUACCAAGCAUCCUAUACCCCUAAA